AAGACUCUAAAUCAUCAUUACAUUGAUCAUUUCAUCUAAUUCUUCUUUCUCAUUUGCUUUAUUGGGUUGAAAAGAGCUUCUUAAUACUAGUAAUUAAGAACUCUAAUCCUUUUUUUCAAAGAAAAAAAAACACUAGUAAUCCAUAUUUGAAUGGCCAUCAAUUUACAGAACCGUGGACUCGUUAGCUUGAGGAAGGGAUUUUUGAACCAUAUUAAUCGAAGUUCUACUAACUCGACUAUCCUCUCUACCAGGAGGGAAGUGCACGCAUCAGUAUACGAUAAGAAUCUGGAGGAAUCUGUGCAGCCUUUUGUGGUGCCAGAUGAAGUGAUCAAGGCAAAAUCGGAUAAGUACUGGACUCCUCAUCCUCAUACUGGUGUGUUUGGACCAGCCACUGAUCAUCAUCAUAUCAGUAUCAGGCCUGCCAGUGCUAGUGUAGAUUCUGUGUUGGAACAGAAGGCCUUCUUCCGUCCACUCGAGGAUCUUGAGAAGCCAGCCUAUGUUUAAGUUCUUUGAAUAUGUAACAUUUUGAGUUGAAACUGUAGUUAAGGACUGCAGAAUAACUGCACUGCUAUUAAAAUGUUUACGAGUCUA